AAUGCACUUUAUUUUAUUCCCCUGUUGUUACUGUUUAUAAUAAUGCUACAGUAGUGUUAAUUCUGCAUCGUUUAAUAGGCAUUUAUAUAUCUUCCAUUCCUAUUAGUCCCCACCCUUUUCUUUCUCACAAUGUCACUCCUAACUUGAUUCAUUGUGACCCCAUGUAUCACAACCAAAUGACCUACAAUGGAUUCCCUUCUUCUUCCUCCUCCUCCCCUCCUCCUCCUAACUUCUUCCAAAGGGGAUUCCUUUUCCACCCCUCUGUUGAAACGGAGUGCCACCAGCUCUCCCCUAUCCUCCCCUCUACCCCCUGUGUCAAUUCUCAGGAUUUUGGAGUUUCAGUUUCAGGGGUGGCGGCAAUGCUGGGGAAGAGGUCUGUUUGGAGCGAGGAGAUGGCGGCCGGUGGCGGCGGCUGCGGCGGUGAGGAAGAGCUCUCGGAUGAUUGCUCGUUGCCCGGAGAGAAGAAGAGGAGGCUGAAUAUGGAGCAAGUGAGGACAUUGGAGAGAAACUUUGAGCUUGGAAAUAAGCUAGAACCAGAGCGCAAGAUGCAGCUUGCAAGAGCUCUUGGGCUUCAGCCGCGACAGAUCGCCAUCUGGUUUCAGAACCGCCGAGCGAGGUGGAAGACGAAGCAGCUGGAGAAGGACUACGAAGCUCUCAAGCGAGAGUUCGAGAUUAUCAGAUCGCAAAACGAUGCUCUUCAUGAACAUAACAAGAAACUCCAAUCUGAGCUGUUAACUUUGAAAGGAAGAGAGGGAGCAGAACUAAUUAAUCUGAACAAAGAAACAGAGGGAUCCAGCAGCAAUAGGAGUGAGAACAGCUGUGACAUCAACCUGGAUAUCUCCAGAACGGCAGCCAUUGAUGGACCUUUGAAUCCAAAUCAAAGCAGCAGGCAAUUCUUUCCUUCCUACAGGCCCUCACUAAAUGUGACACAAUUACCAAAGAUAGAGAAUGCCGUCACCGCCGGCGGCGGCGGCGGCGGAAGCAAUGACGAGAACUUCUGCAACAUGUUCUGUGGCGUCGAGGAGCCGGGGUUCUGGCCAUGGACGGAGCAUUGAGAGGAUAUGACUGUGCAAUAAGGAAGUGCCUGCAGGGUUGUACAAGCUGGCAUCUUCGAUCUCUAAGUUAAAGAAAAUGAUACAAGGAGAUCAUGUGAGGCCUAAUUAUGCAAGCUAGCUAGUUAUAUGGAGAUAAUAUUCUAGCAGAGAACAAGGGUUGAAAUAAGGGAGGUAUUUCUAUGUUUCUCCCCAGUACAAGUGUACCUCCUUCAUUCAUAGAGAUUGCUAAAGAAUCUUAUAAGAGAGUUGUGCUUUCUCAAGUAAAUUUUAUUUUUGCAGGACAAAAAUUUUAUUUUUAUCAAUAUAUAUGCUGCAUAUUUGAUUGAA